AUGAUCCUCUUCCCCCGGCUCCAACUCAUCGAACUCGAAGACCUGCCCUGGUUCCCCUCCUGGAUCCGCGAAUACGCGCAUCUGCUCCUCGCGCAGGUCUGGCGGACUAAAGGGCUAGGCAAAUCCACUACAACGGCCUCGCAAGCCUGCGACAUCCUGCUCGAGCAGCUGCAGCUGCAAGACAGCAGCAGCAGCACUAAGGGGGAGGACAUCUCAUCCUUCGUCUUCGUCGACGCCUGCGCCGGCGCGGGCGGUCCCACGCCCAUCCUGGAACGAACGCUGAACAGCAAACUGCAAUCUCGAGGCUGCCAGCCCGUCCAGUUCGUCCUCGCGGAUCUGUACCCUCAUCUGGACACCUGGCGGCAGAUCGUCAAGCGGAGCGAGUGCAUUUCGUAUAUCGAGAAGCCGGUCGAUGCAACUCGCACGGUGAAGUACCUGCCUGAUGGCGAGAGGAAGAAGGAGUGUCGGAUGUUUAAUCUUUGCUUCCAUCAUUUUGAUGACGACAGUGCGAGAAAGGUGCUUAGGAGCGCUGUUAAAGGGGCGGAUGCGUUUGUUAUCUUCGAACUCACCCACCGCACCAUCUCCGCCCUGCUAAACACAACACUCGUCGUCCUCGGCACGCUGCUUACGACGCUUCACUGGUUCUGGCACUCGCCGCUGCACAUGGUAUUCACGUACAUCAUCCCGAUCAUCCCACUGUUUUUCGCCUGGGACGGGUACGUGUCGUGCAUUCGGGGCAGGACGGAGAGGGAGCUUCGGGCUCUUAUCUACGAUAGGAGGAGGAGUGGCGGCCAGCACGCCAAUGGCGUUGAUGAUGACGAUGAUGAAGUUGACUUGUCCGAAUGGGAGUUUCGUAGUGGCGAGAAGCUUGUCUUGCCGCCGUUUGGGUAUCUGUAUUGGUUUGUGGGGGUGAAGAGGAGUAGCAGGAGGAGCUGA